CCGCAGAGGGAGGCUCCCCGCCCCGCUCACCGAGGCACCGCAACGGGACGCAGCGCUGCGGUGUUCGGCCAUGGCGCAGCUGAGGAAACCCGGAGACUCUCGGCUCGGAUGAAGGUUGCGCAUCGGAUGAACUUUCUCCCGGAGGCGGUGUAAACACAGCCAGCAGCCAUGGUGGAUGCGGCGGAGUGCGGGGUGAGAGUGAUGUGCCGCUUCAGGCCGCUGAACGAGGCCGAGAUCACCCGAGGAGACAAAUAUAUCCCCAAAUUCAAGGAGGACGACACCGUGCUCAUAACGGGUAAACCGUUUGUGUUCGACCGAGUGCUGCCUCCAAACACGUCGCAGGAACAAGUGUACGACCAGUGUGCCAAACAAAUAGUUAAAGAUGUGCUGGGUGGCUACAACGGGACCAUCUUUGCCUACGGACAGACGUCCUCUGGGAAGACGCACACCAUGGAGGGCAAACUGCACGACCCCCAGCUGAUGGGAAUCAUCCCCCGAAUCGCCCACGACAUCUUUGACCACAUUUACUCCAUGGACGAGAACCUGGAGUUUCACAUCAAGGUCUCUUAUUUUGAAAUCUACUUGGAUAAGAUCAGAGACUUGCUGGACGUGUCGAAGACGAAUCUCGCUGUGCAUGAAGACAAAAACAGGGUUCCGUACGUCAAGGGCUGCACUGAGCGUUUCGUGUCCAGUCCAGAGGAGGUGAUGGACGUCAUUGAUGAGGGAAAAGCCAAUCGGCACGUGGCAGUGACUAACAUGAAUGAGCACAGCUCUCGAAGCCACAGCAUCUUCCUCAUCAACAUCAAGCAGGAAAACAUCGAGACGGAGAAGAAGCUGUCGGGGAAGCUCUACCUGGUCGACCUGGCCGGCAGCGAGAAGGUCAGCAAGACGGGAGCUGAGGGGGCGGUGCUGGACGAGGCGAAGAACAUCAACAAAUCUCUGUCGGCGCUGGGAAACGUCAUCUCCGCUCUGGCCGAGGGAACGAAAACCCACGUCCCAUACAGAGACAGCAAGAUGACCAGAAUCCUGCAGGACUCUCUGGGAGGAAACUGUCGCACCACCAUCAUCAUCUGCUGCUCGCCGUCCAUCUACAACGAAGCCGAGACCAAAUCCACGCUCAUGUUUGGACAGAGAGCCAAGACCAUCAAGAACACAGUGUCUGUGAACCUGGAGCUGACGGCCGAGGAGUGGAAGAAGAAAUACGAGAAGGAGAAGGAUAAGAACAAGAGCCUGAAAAACAUCAUCCAGAGGCUGGAGGCCGAACUCAACCGCUGGAGGAACGGGGAGAACGUUCCUGAGGAGGAGCAGCUGAGCUCUAAAGAUCAGAAGAACGUCGAGCCGAACGACAACACUCCCAUCAUCGACAACCUGCUGCCGGCCGGAGAAGGUGUCUCGGUCUCUGGUGAAGAAAGGAGCAAGUACGAGGAGGACAUCAGCAACCUGUACAAACAGCUGGACGACAAGGAUGAUGAAAUUAACCAACACAGCCAGCUUGCUGAGAAACUCAAGGAGCAGAUGAUGGAUCAAGAAGAGCUGCUGGCGUCGACGCGGCGCGACUACGAGAAGAUCCAGGAGGAGCUUUGCCGGCUGCAGACGGAGAACGAGCUGGCCAAGGAGGAGGUGAAGGAGGUGCUGCAGGCGCUGGAGGAGCUGGCCGUCAACUACGACCAGAAGAGCCAAGAGGUGGAGGAGCGAGACCAGACCAACCUGCAGCUGACUGAGGAGCUGCAGCACAAGUCGGUGAUGCUGUCGGUGGUUCAGAGGGAACUGAGUCAGCUGCAGGAGCUCAACGGUCUGCAGAGGAAGAGAGCCGCCGAGGUCCUGAACCUGCUGCUGAGAGACCUCAGUGACAUCGGCGCCAUCAUCGGCACCAGCGACGUCAAGACGGCCGCGUCCUCGGAGUCGAAGGGCAACGGCUCGGCGGUGGAGGAGGAGUUCACCGUCGCUCGCCUCUACAUCAGCAAGAUGAAGUCCGAGGUCAAGUCUCUGGUCAACCGCAGCAAGCAGCUGGAGAGCACUCAGGCCGACGCCCACCGCAAGAUCCAGGCCAAUGAGAAGGAGCUGGCUUCCUGUCAGCUGCUCAUCUCCCAGCAUCAGGCCAAGAUCAAGUCUCUGACGGACUACAUGCAGAACAUGGAGCAGAAGAAAAGGCAGCUGGAGGAGAGUCAGGACGCUCUGACCGAAGAACUCGCCAAACUGCAGGCUCACGAGAAAAGACAUGAGGUGUCAGGAGACGAGAAAGAGAAGGAGGACAUCGGCAGACUGGACGGAGACGAGGACAUCAAGAAAACGCUGGAGGAGCAGCUGGAGAACCACAGGGAGGCUCAUCAGAAGCAGCUCAGCCGCCUCCGGGAUGAGAUCGAAGACAAGCAGAGGAUGCUGGACGAGCUCACAGACCUGAACCAGGGUCUCUUACUGGAGCAGGAGAGACUGAUGUCGGAUUACGACAAAGUGAAGGCUGAAGAGCAGGAGAAGGACGCAAAGCUGCAGAAACUCAUGCUGCUGAAUGAGCAACAGGAACAAGCCAGAGAGGAUCUGAAGGGUCUGGAGGAGACUGUGGCCAAAGAACUACAGACUCUUCACAACCUGCGUAAACUCUUCGUACAGGACCUCACCACGCGGGUCAAGAAGAGCGCAGAGCUCGACUGCGAGGAAGGACUCGGCAACGUUGCCCAGAAACAGAAGAUUUCCUUCCUGGAGAACAACUUGGAGCAGCUCACUAAAGUCCACAAGCAGCUGGUCCGAGACAACGCCGACCUUCGCUGCGAGCUUCCCAAACUGGAGAAACGUCUGCGAGCGACGGCCGGACGAGUCAAAGCUCUGGAGAACGCCCUGAAGGAGGCCAAGGAGAACGCCAUGAGGGACCGCAAGCGCUACCAGCAGGAGGUGGACCGCAUCAAGGAGGCGGUGCGGGCCAAGAACAUGGCCAGGAGGGGAUACUCUGCACAGAUCGCGAAGCCCAUCAGGCCGGGUCAUCAUCCGCUGUCAUCACCCAUCUGCAGCUCCAUCAGAGCUGGAGGCAACGACACCCACAACAACUGAAACACAGCAAGUCACCCUCUGGGCACACCAUAAACAACUCGACGCAUGCUCGCCAUCCCACCCGGAACCACAAGCCCCGCCCCUCCUGCUGGAGCACCAAUGGGAGGCCUUCACAACAGUCUGUCAUCACUCAGAGAAGUGAACAUCCACAGUGUAAAUACUGAAACGAGACACUUUUCAUUUGCUGAGCAUCCAAACAUCAGAGGCCUCAUUUAUAAUGUUUGAAAUUCUGCUUUCAGGAGAAAACUGACGAAUCAGAGCCAGUUUUUCUUCUGUGACUGAUUGUUGAAAUUAUGCAACCAAAUGGAGCGUAACAUUUAUAAAUGAGGCCCUGAGUUACUUUCUGAAGACACGGAUUAGAGAUGAAAUUCAGCUGCUGUGAAGUUUUGCAGGUGACAUGUUGAGGUUUGUACAGCGUUGCAGGAGAAGCAGACUUUACAUUUAUAACGUUAUACAAGCGUUUGUUCAUUUAAAGGGAGAUUUUGACAUUUAAGUAAAUGUUUGCUUUCAUUCAAUUCAAUUUUAUUUAUAUAGCGCCAAUUACAGUCAAAUUGUCUCAAGACGCUUUACAGAACCCAUAUGCCACAAGAAUAUCAACACCGCUCAUAUCCGUCCAUUCGCGGUGAAGCUACAGCCAGCAGCUGGUUAGCGUAGCUUAGCAUAGUUACCCACGACUAAAGCAAAUUCAGGUGGAUACAGAUGGAAAUGAAAUUGAAACUUUGGGGCGACAGUUUGUGAUGCUAAAUGAGUCUGAUUGAGGUAAAGUGAUGCUGUCAACACAUUUUUAAAAUUUUAACUAUUGUUAUUAAUAUUGUUUGCUAACAUUAGCAUCGAGGGCUAGCAUGUUUAGCACUGCUUGGCAACACUGUGCUGCUCCAGGCGCUAGAGCUAAAUCAUAGAGGCAAAUUUAAACAGCUGAUGAAUGAAACAGUUGACUUUUUCUUCUAUUUAUGGAUAAAAUUGUUUUAACAUGCUGCCACUUACUGUUCUAAUGUAACCAGUGUUUGAUAUUUCUGGACUGGAUCUCUAAACUCCUCACAUUACUAAAUAAUCUGGACAUAACAUUGGUCCAGACCAAGAUCCCAACAGAUUUCACCUCCAAAAACAACCUGAACUCCUGUACUCAGCACAGCUUAAGUUACUGGAAUUAAAAGUUGUAUUAUUUUACCUUUGCACAGAGCUAGGCUAGCUGUUUCUCCAUCUGAGCUAAGCUAAGCAGCUGCAGGCUACAGCUUCAAGAAAUGAUCAAAGCAGGGCCUUUAAGUUUCUCACUUUGAUAACGUUGCAGUUAGAGUUGUAGUUGAGAUGGAAAUUAAAUAGCAGCUUGUUUGUUCCUGUUUCUGUACUAAUAUCUCUGAAGUUUGUCAGUUACACAACGUCCCAGUUUGCUCUUCUGUCUCCCUACAGGUGACAGUAAUGAAAAACACUAUGAGGUGUGCUCAUAAUCAAUCCAAAAUUGCCUCUAAAGUCGUAUUUUGCUACCGUCCAGGGACACUGACCAGCCAAUCAGAUGCUCCCUGGACUACCAGAGCGGUGCUACAAUCAGGUUUAUUAAAAAACUAGUUCGGGGUUUGAAGUUUUGUAAAGUUCUGUCGUCGCUCUAAAGACUCCGAUCAGCCAGUCAGAGUCUUUAAGAGCAGAUUCAGAAUAAAGCAUUUCUUUCAGCCCAGAAACCAAAAACUAAUCUCAAAAUUUGUGCCUUGACAAACACCAGAUUGACCGGACUUCCACUGAGCACCUUUAGAGAGACUAAAUCAACUCAUUUCUGUAGAUUUACAUGUCAGUGUUUAAAGAUCAAUGGGAGCCCUUUGCCUUUUUACAGAUGUAUUGUGUGCUGCUUUCCUUCAUGCUGCCGGCUGGGCAUGCUUCUGAAUGUACAUUAUUAUCUGUUUUAGUUGGACAACCGGAGGAUUUGCUGCUUUCGUUCCCCCCAGAUGUUGUUAAUCUGAUUUAUUCGGUGUUUAGCGGUUUGGCUGCAGUCUCACUCUACACUAAAUGAAUGUACCUGCAUGGACUGGAGCUCGUGUUAAAGGCAUGCUCAGGGAGGCCGGUUUGUAAACACGAUGUGUUUACCUCAUCUCGAUGUACAUUUUGACCUUUAGCUCCCUUGUUUCUUUCAGCUGUGGCAUCAUAUAUCCCAAUGUAACUGAUGCAACUAAAGCUAAUAAAGAUCUAUCUAUUUAA